UAGCUUCUAGUUUACAUAGCUGCACUAAAGUUUCUUUGUUCAAAACAGAGAGAGAAAGAAAGCAGAAAGAUGGGCAAGCAGGAAGGUGGUGGAGAAGAAAGUCUUCCUCCAUUGUUUGAGAGCAGAAGAGCAAGAUUUAUAGGUUUGUAUAAGGUUUUUGCAUCCACAAUAUUGGUGGGUGUGUGUUUGAUAUGGGUGUAUAGAGUAACAAACAUCCCAAGAGCUGGAGAGGCAGGGAGGUGGGCUUGGAUUGGUAUGCUCAUGGCUGAGUUCUGGUUUGGGCUGUACUGGAUCAUCACUCAGUCUCCUAGAUGGAAUGUUACUCAUCGUCAACCUUUCAAGGACAGGCUCUCUCACAGAUAUGAGGACAAGUUGCCGGGAGUUGACAUUUUUAUAUGCACUGCAGACCCCAAAAUGGAGCCACCAACUUUGGUGAUUAACACUGUCUUAUCAGUGCUCUCCUACAAUUAUCCAACUGAGAAGCUGUGUGUUUAUCUUUCCGACGAUGGCGGUUCAGAAUUCACUUUCUAUGCUCUCUUGGAGGCCUCUCGUUUCGCUAAGUAUUGGAUACCCUUCUGCAAAAAGUUCAAUGUCGAGCCAAGGUCACCAGAGGCCUACUUUGCCCUGUACUCUGAUGUGCAUGGCAUCAAGUAUGGUCAGGAAUGGCUGGAAAUCAAGAAACUUUAUGAAGAAAUGAAGAAUCGGAUCGAAUCUGCUGUUGCAACGGCAGAGAUUCCAGUAGAAAUAAAGAAGCAACACAAAGGGUUCUCAGAAUGGAACCUUGAAGUAGCAAAGAAUGAUCAUCAGUCAAUUGUGCAGAUUAUAACUGAUGGAAGAGACAUAAAUGCCGUGGAUAAUGAUGGAUGCCGGUUACCUACGAUGGUGUACAUGUCACGCGAAAAGAGACCUCAGCAGCUGCACAACUUCAAAGCUGGAGCUCUGAAUGCACUGCUGAGAGUGUCAUCAGAGAUAAGCAAUGCACCUUUCAUCCUCCUCUUGGACUGUGACAUGUAUGCAAACAAUGCAGACUCAAUACGAGAGGCAUUAUGUUUCUUCUUGGAUGAAAAGUAUGGCCCUGAGAUCGCUUACGUGCAACAUCCACAGGGCUAUAACAAUCUCACCAAGGACGAUAUCUAUGGAAAUGAAUGUUUCGUUAUUAACGCGGUGAGAAAUCUAGACCAUGGUUAUAUAAUUGCUCCUACUUUCAAAUUAACAUAUCAUGGUUGGUUGUCAUGCAUGAAGGUUGAGCUUGCUGGAUUAGGUGGAUAUGGUGCAGCCUUGUUUUGUGGCACCGGAUGCUUCCAUCGAAGAGAAUGCCUUUUUGGAAGGAAGUAUUCCAAAGAUUAUAGAGGACAUUGGAACAUAGAGAGCCAAAAGACUAUUGACAGAAGUAUCAAAGAACUGGAGGAAUCUGCAAAAACUCUUAUUAGUUGUAGCUAUGAGAAGGGUACUCAAUGGGGCAAAGAGAUGGGAUUGAUAUAUGGGUGUCCUGUUGAAGAUAUUGCUACUGGCUUGGCAGUUCAAUGCAGGGGAUGGAAAUCGAUCUAUUAUAACCCAGAGAGAAAAGACUUUCUGGGUGUUGCUCCAAAUACCUUAGAUACAGCACUUAUUCAACAUAAGCGGUGGUCUGAGGGCUUGUUUCAGAUAUUUUUCUCCAAAUAUUGCCCUUUCAUUUAUGGGCAUGGGAAGAUACACUUGGGUGCCCAGAUGGCAUAUUGUAUCUACCUUCUGUGGGCUCCAUUUUCCUUCCCAACUUUGUAUUAUGUGACUGUUCCUCCUCUUUGCUUGCUCCAUGGCAUUCCCUUGUUCCCUAAGGUGUCAAGCCUGUGGUUCCUCGCAUUUGCUUAUGUAUUUAUAGCCAAGAAUGUUUACAGCAUAGUUGAAGCCCUGAGAAGUGGUAGCACACUCAAAGCAUGGUGGUACUUACAACGAAUGUGGCUGAUCCGAAGGAUCACUUCCUACUUCUUCGCCUUCUUCGAUACCAUAAAGAGGCAACUGGGGCUAUCUGAGACAGAGUUUGCCCUCACUGAUAAGGUGAUCACAGAUGAUGUUUCAAAGCGGUAUGAGCAAGAGAUUAUGGAAUUCGGAAGCGCAAGCAUUAUGUAUACCGUGUUAGCGACAUCAGCAUUGCUGAAUUUUCUGAGCUUAGUUUGGGGAACAAAGAGAGUUGUCAUGGACAGGCAUUCCAAAGCUUUAGACCAGUUGAUCAGCCAGGUUAUUCUUUCUGGCAUAUUAGUUCUGAUCAAUUUACCGGUGUACCAAGCGCUCUUCAUCCGCAGUGAUAAAGGCCAUAUACCAUCCUCUGUCAUGUUCAAGUCAUUUUUUUUGCUUGCACUGGCCUGCCUGAUGCCUAUAUACUAGGAAAGCUAGCUGAAAGAUUGAUGAACAGUUAUCAUGAUAUAAAGUAGCAUUUUUACUUGGGCACAUGCUCAUGGAAAGAGUGCUUUAUUUGCUCAUUUGUUCCGUUUUAUCUUUUUCUCGUUGGAAGUUAUAAUUCAGAUGUUGUUACAUUCGAAAUUAUUUUAUUCACAGACUAUAUGAUUCGACUGAAAAGAAAAAAACACUAUGAAAGUUCAUA